AUGUUAAGAAAUAAAGAUAAUAUUGUACAAGAAGUUCAGAAGGACAAUGACGAGGAAGAGGAAGAGACUGAAGAACAAUUCACAGUGCGAACUUUAAACGAUGGUCUCAAUGUUGUUCAUGUAUUACGGAUGAUUAUUCUUUUUAAUGAACAGUUUCACAUCCAGAGAAAUUAUGACGAUACAUUUAUUAAAAUCCAGCGCCAACUACAAAAUUCUUCUCGUUCUCUUAUUGAGUCGAGUCGAGUCGUAUUUUCCUUAACAAAACCGAACUCAAGUUCUGGUUUAUUCCAACAAAUCUCCAACUUUUGA